AUGGAUAAGAAAACUGCUGAAGACUCGCGCAAUGGCGUGGAAGACGCUGGGGAGCUCGAACUCCUGACAGGGGCGUCUGGAACUCACGGCCAAGCUGGUGCGCUUGGUCUGGGACAGCAAGUUUCCUUCCCUGUCACCAUGUUCAACACCUUUUGGUCCUAUGUCAUGCCCCUGGUGGGCGGCUACCUCGCGGAUACCUAUUGGGGCCGAUACCUGACCAUUCAAUACGCCAUCGUCAUCGCAACGUUUGGUCACAUCAUCAUCAUCAUUGCCGCGAUCCCACAGGUGAUUGAGAACCCGAGAGGCGCCCUCGGAUGCUUCAUGGUGGGGCUGCUGUUCUUCGGCACCGGCGUGGGCUGGUUUAAAGCAAACAUUUCACCACUGGUAGCGGAGCAAUACGAGCUCGUACACCCGCGACCGACCGUUGAGACGCUGCCCUCGGGAGAACGCGUCAUCAUCGACCCCGUCAUGACGAUAUCUCGCAUCUAUAUGCGCUAUUACUUCCUCAUCAACACGGGUGCUCUGGUCGGGCAGAUCUCGAUGGUGUAUGCGGAGAAGUACGUGGGAUUCUGGCUCUCUUUCCUCCUUCCGACCAUACUCUUCCUCGCCUGUCCCCUCGUGAUGCUCGCCUGCCGAAAUCGGUACGCGAAGCGGCCACCGACCGGCUCCGUGCUCGGGAAAUCCGUUGCCCUCGUGUCCUUUGGUAUCCGCAAGAACGGGAUCCGAAAAAUUACAAAGGACGAGUUCUGGCACAGCAUCCGCCCGAGCGCGGUGUCCGACAAGCCCGCGUUCAUGACGUUUGACGAUGCCUGGGUCGACGAAGUCCGCCGCGGGCUCAAAGCAUGCGCCGUCUUCAUGUGGUUUCCGGUCUUUUGGCUUGCCUACAACCAGAUGAACAGCAACAUGAUCAACCAGGCAGCGUCCAUGCGUCUGAACGGAGUCCCCAACGACAUCGUCACCAACUUGAACCCGUUCGCGUUGCUCAUCCUCAUCCCCAUAUGCGACAAGCUUUUGUAUCCGGCGCUGGCCAAGGCAGGCUUCCGGUUCACACCGAUCAAGAAAAUCACCAUCGGCUUCUUCUCGUCCGCGGUGGCCAUGGCCGUCGCCGCCAUCAUCCAGCACUUUAUUUACGAAAAGGCUCCGUGCGGCUAUAAUUCCAAUGACCGGGACUGCUACGACGAGCUGGGCCCUCCGGACAUGUCCGUCUGGAUCCAGACACCCGCGUACGUGCUUGUAGCUCUCGGAGAGGUCAUGGCCUCGAUCACCGGACUCGAAUAUGCGUUUACCAAAGCACCCGCCAACAUGCGUGGCCUGGUAACGGGCGUAUUCUGGUUCGUCCACGCCUUUUCGGCCGCCAUCGCUCAAGCGUUCACGGGGUUGGCCACCGACCCUCUCCUGGUCUGGUUGUACACCACCGUGGCCAUCAUAUCGGCGCUGGGCGGGUUCGGGGUAUGGUUCAGUUUCCGAAAACUGGACAAGGACGAGGAUGCGCUCAACGCGCUACCGUCGUCGACUUAUGUAGGGCGACGUGACGAUGAAGAGAACGAGAAGGUAUAG